AUGGCGACAGCACUACCUCCUAAUGGCCCCCUGGAUCUCGAUGCUGGCCUACAGAGACCUCACUUUCAGAACCAAGAGGACAAAGACUCCAAUAUCGAGGAUGCUAGACUCCUCACCCCUUGCUCUCCCGAUACCCCUAUUGAGGAACUCAGAAGACGAUAUUGGCAAGAUGGUGUAAUCUGGGUGAAAGGCCAGCUCGACCCCGACCUCGUCAACGAUUUCCGCGCCGCAUACUUCUCUAUGAUGGACAAUGGCACAAACAUGCUAAAGCCUGGAUCAGACCCCCGUGAUGGGAUCUUCAACUCGGACACAGACUGGCGCGACUUCACCCUCCCCGGAGGUGGCCGCCUCACAGCCGGUCUCCCUAACACUGGUCCAUUCGCCGAGAACGCCAUCCGUUCACACCACUGGAGCCGAUACCAAGAGUUCAAGGAUACUCUCGGGAAACGCAUCGAGUCGUUCAUCGGGGAUAUGCUUGGGUUUGAAGAGUUGUGGUGUUUCCCUAGGUCGUUGCUGAGAUGUGCCGUACCGGGUGGUGAGAUCACGCCUGUGCACUAUGAUCAGAUCUUUCUGAGGGCUGGGCCGCCUACAAUCGAGGGCGGUGGGCUCAUCUAUCUUAAUCGUGCGCAUGACAUUGGCGUCAAGUACGAGGAGAACUUUUCCAAGAUGAACGCUGGCUUGUCUGACGAAGAGAGAAUAUCGGCGUUUAAUAAGAACAUGGAAAAGGGAGGAUGGCUGGAUAAGAACGCAUCAAGGUUUGGCAACCAGUGGUCCCGGGCAUGGCUUGUUGGCGCAUACGAAGCAGGCGACAUGGUAUUCCACACACCAUACACGAUCCACGCCGGCGCAAAGAACAGGUCUCCCAAAGGCCGGAUACGUCUCUCUACGGAUCUACGAUUCGUGGACAAGACCAAACCUUUCGACGAGAGGUUCAUGUCGACGUCACCAUUCUUUUUUGGCUUUGGGGCCGAAACAUGA